AUGCCUACAACAACUAGCACCAUAGACGCCGUCGCGGCUCCCGCCACGCUUCCUGUCCAGGAGCCCACCAAGGAAGCCAUAGCAGAACCUGUCACUAUCGAUGUCAAGACUGCUACCAAAGCCCCUUUCGACACUCGAACCUUUCACUGGACAGAUGCCAAAUCCAAGAAGGCCACAAGGCCUGAAGAUCCUUACACUUACCUUCAUGGCUUUGGAAACGAGCAUCAAUCAGAGUUGAUUCCAGGCGCUCUACCAAUUGGACAGAACUCGCCGCAGCUGUGUGCCUAUGGGCUCUAUGCCGAGCAGAUCACUGGUUCCUCCUUCGCGGCUACUCGCGCCAACACGCAGAGGGAUUUCCUAUAUCGCCGUCGCCCUGCAGCCGUUCAUGACGCGUAUCGUGAUGCCGCAAGCAAUCCCAGCCUUACUGGUUCCUUCCUUCCUAUGAACCAAGAUUUACACAGCAUCCCAUCCCAAUUAUCAUGGUCGGCGUUCAAGAUACCAGAAAAGCAGAGCGGCUCCGUAGACUUCACUCAGGGUAUCCAGACGCUUGGGGGAAGUGGACACCCCAACCUGCGCGAGGGGCUUGCGUACCACAUCGUCGCCUUCAAUAGCAACAUGGAGAAUAAAGCCUUCGUGAACAGCGAUGGGGAUUUUCUGAUUGUGGCCCAGGAAGGGCAUAUGGACAUCACCACCGAAUUUGGCAAGAUCUAUCUGCAACCGUCCGAGAUCUGCGUCAUCCAACGCGGCCUUCGCUUCAAGGUAGACAUCGUUGACGAGCAUUCGCCGAACGGUGUACGAGGAUACAUCAUCGAAACCUGGGGCUCAAAAUGGGAGCUUCCCGAGCUCGGCCCACUGGGGAUGUAUGGACUCGCGAACUCUCGCGACUUCCUCUCCCCAACCGCAGAUAUUGAUACGACCUCCACGGGAUCUUGGACGGUCAUCACGAAACAGAUCGACAAGUACUACGCGGCCACUCAGAGCCACACGCCAUUUGAUGUCGUGGCCUGGCACGGCAACUACGUGCCCUACAAGUACGACCUGACCAAAUUCGCAUAUCAGAACUCCGUCGCCAUCGACCACACCGACCCCUCGAUCAAUACCGUCCUCACUGCCCAGUCGCGGGACGCCCAGUCUCCGCUCUGCGACUUCCUGAUCUUUGGUCCCCGCUGGGACGUUGCGCAGAACACGUUCCGCCCGCCUUACUUCCACCGCAACAGCGCGUCGGAGUUCCUGGCCAAGAUCUACGGCCCAACUGGCGGCGGGCGCUCCGAGGUAUUUGUGCCCGGCGGCGCGAGCUAUGAGGCCGGAUUCACGGCGCAUGGUUCGGCGGAUGAGCGUGCGAUCGGCGCCAUGUAUAUGGACUUGCAACCCAUGCGGGUCGGGUUGAAUCAGCUGACCUUCAUGCUGGAGAGCAACCGUAGUUUAAUGUUUACGAACUGGGCGUUGAGAGAUAGCGAGGUGCUUGUUUCGGAGGACAUCCCGGCAGAUGCGUGGGACGCCGCACCUGACCGCUUUGGCAAGGAUCCAGAGGCACUGGAGUAUCUGAAAGGGAUUGGAAGGGCCUUGUCUUAG